AAGAUGAAAGAAGAGCUGAUAAUCCGAGAGCCCAGUUCGGAGCUGGAAAAGGUUUCCUGUCAAUCUUCAGUGUGUGUGACUGAUGGGACCUCCACAGAAUGUCAGGAUUCAGUGUGGAGCGGCAGAGAUCAGUCCACACCACAGCAGCUGCUGGACAAACUCUCUGAACAGAGAUCCAGAGACACACAGGACUCACAGCUCACUUUACUCUGUUCUACUGAUGCUCAGGAGAGUAUGUGUGACAGUAAUCAGGGUGAUCAAACCUCCACAGAGUCUCUGACUUCUGUCUGUAACGCUGGAGAACAGCAGAUGUUGCAGACACCAGUGAAGAUUGAAGUGAAGCAGGAGAUAAAAGAAGAAAACACAGCAGAGGAAGAACUGAGUGAUGAAGAUGAUGAUGAUGAUGAACAGCAGAUGCUGCAGACUCCAGUGAAGAUUGAAGUGAUGGAAGUGGAAAUAAAAGAAGAAUACACAGCAGAGGAAGAACAGAGUGAUGAAGAUUAUGAUGAACAGCAGAUGCUGCAGACACCAAUGAAGAUUGAAGUGAUACAAGUGGAGAUAAAAGAAGAAAAUACUACAGAGGAAGAACAGAGUGGCGAAGAUGAUGAUUUUAUUCCGUCAGAUCUGAUGGAGGUGAAAAAGGAACAUCAAGCACUGAAUGAACGGGAUGGAGAAACUUCAGUAUCAGAAACAUCUAUGAGUGGCUCAAAGAUUAAAAAUAAUUUCUCUCCAGAAGACGCUCAGAGAAGAGCAGCCAAAAAUACUUUCACCUGCUCUCAGUGUGAAAAUAGUUUCAGAUAUAAAAGUGAUCUUAUUAAACACAUGAGAGUUCAUAAAGGAGAGAGACCUUACACAUGUCAUGAUUGUGGGAAAGGUUUCACUGUCAAAGGACACCUUAAUAGACACAUCAGAGUUCACACUGAAGAUAAACCUUACACGUGCCAUCAAUGUGGAAAGAGUUUUAAAUAUAAAGAAUAUCUUAAUGUGCACAUGAGAGUUCACACAAGAGAAAGGCCAUACACGUGCCAACAGUGUGGGAAAAGUUUUGCAUAUGCCCACCAUCUCAAGGAUCAUCUCCGAUUGCACUCUGGAGAAAGGUCCUUUAAAUGUGAUCAGUGUGAUAAAACAUUUGUUUUGGCACAGUACCUAAAAGAACAUCUGAAAACUCACACAAAUGAGAAGCCUUUCAAGUGUUCUUCUUGUGGAAAGAGUUUUGCAUGCCUGUUCUAUUUUAAAGAGCACCAGAAAAUACAUACCGGUGUUGGGGCUCAUAUGUGCGUUGAAUGUGAGAAGACCUUUAGUACAGCCGGCAACUUGAAAAAGCACCAAAGAAUUCAUACUGGAGAGAAACCUUACAAGUGCUAACACUGUUAAAAGUGUUUCACUUUGUUGCAAAACCUGAAAAUACUCGAGAGAAUUCAUAUUGGAGAGAACCAUACCAUUGACCUUCAUUUGGGAGGAGUUUCAAAAAAUCAGAUAAUCUACAUAGACAUGUAAAACAAAAGUAUUGCCCAAGGAUUCACAGUGAGCAAAAAUCAUCUUCAGGUUCAACGACAUCAAUUAAAUAGUUGGAAGUUCAGAUAAACCCAAAGACUUCCCUGAAAAGAGCAGAAACAUAAGCUAAUAUUGAAGGACAUUUGAAAAUGUGUGUAUUAAUAAACAAUUUUAUAGAAAUGCUUUUCUGUUAUGUCUGGGCUAAAAACUAAGUUAAGGGAAACUAGGGAUGCUCCGAUUUGUCCGACCACUGAUCGCUAUUGGCCUGUUAUCACUUUCUAUGAUUCGAUUGCUGGUCUCAUAAUUUGUCUGAUCACAAAAGACACACAGCUUCUUUAAUGUCUUGUUUAUAGGGUACAACGAGGCUAAAGGGACGCCUUAAGGAAAUCUUGCUUUUUUCUGCUCUCAAAAUGUGUCAAGGUCAAAAAAAUGGAUGCGUUUAUAUUGAUUAUCAUUUGUGUGAAAAAAGGUGGUGAGGGUUUAAAAUAAUAUCAUAUAGAUACCUGAUAAAUAGGUAUAGGGCAAAAAGGGGGCUUUUUACCCCAAAUACUGUCCUUUCACUUAUUGGACAGUUAUUGAUAAAUGUUUGAUUGAAUUACCUUAAACAAAACUGAAAAUGAUAAAUAAGUAUUUUGUCUUAAAAGAACCAUGUUACUUUAAGGGAUGUUCAUUAGCUACUAAAUUUGCAACAUUUAAAAAAUUAAUACAAAUGAGAAAAUGGCCUCAAAAUCAACUUUUAGACACCACAUGCAAAGAUCUCUUGGAUCAGUAAAAGUUUUCCAGUCUGUUGUGACAAACAGGUGUUUAGGAAUGUACUGUGGCAGUUUCUGUUGCUUAUUAAUGUUUUGGGAGAAAAUAAAAACCAAUGGAGCCUUUAGCCCCGUUGUAACCUACUUUUGCCUGACACCACAACGUGAUGCUCCGUAGACUGCACUCGUACCUCCCCAAAUUCUAGUGCCGUUUAUUCUUGAUGUGCUCACUGUUGUGCUUUUCUGUGAUUAACAUGUGGCGGUCGAGAUACAUUUUAUUCUAAAUCAACAGGAAGAGCAGUGACAAAUAGUUUGCCAGAAAAAGAACAACACUGGCGUCCCAUGUGCAUUUGCUUGAUUUGGAUCAUUAUUUUUAUUGAUCUCUCAGUAACUUUUGGUGCUUUUAAGCGUUAAGUAUUUACAGUUGAAGUCAGAAGUUGACAUACACCUUAGCCAAAUACAUUUAAAAUCAGUUUUUCACAAUUCCUGACAUUUAAUCAUAGAAAACAUUCCCUAUCUUAGAUCAGUUAGGAUCACUGCUUUAUUUUAAGAAUGUGAAAUGUCAGAAUGAUAGUAGAGAGAAUUAUUUCUUUAUUUCAUCACAUUCCCAGUGGGUCAGAAGUUUACAUACACUUUGUUAGUAUUUGGUAGCAUUGCCUUAAAAUUGUUUAACUUGGGUCAAAGGUUUGGGUAGCCUUCCACAAGCUUCUCACAUUAAGUUGCUGGAAUUUUGUCCCAUUCCUCCAGACAGGACUGGUGUAACUGUCAGGUUUGUAGACCUCUUUGCUCACACACACUUUUUCAGUUCUGCCCACAAAUUUUCUAUUGGAUUGAGGUCAGAACUUUGUGAUGCCACUCCAAUACCUUGACUUUGUUGUCCUUAAGCCCUUGACACAAAUUUGGAGGUAUGCUUGGGGUCAUUGUCCAUUUGGAAGACCCAUUUGUGACCGAGCUUAAACUUUCUAGAUGAUUUUUUACUUCAAGAUAUCUACAUAAUUUUCCUUCCUCAUGAUGACAUCUAUUUUGUGAAGUGUACCAGUCCCUCUUGCAGCAAAGCACCCCAACAACAUGAUACUGCCACCCCCACGCUUCACGGUUUGGAUGGUGUUCGGCUUGCAAACCUCACCCUUUUUAAUCCAAAUAUAACGAUGGUCAUUAUGGCCAAACAGUUCAAUUUUUGUUUCAUCAGACCAGUAAGUAAAAAGUCAGAUCUUUGUACCUAUGUGCACUUGCAAACUGUUUUCUGGCUUUUUUAUGGCGGUUUUGGAGCAGCGGCUUCUUCCUUGCUGAGCAUCCUUUCAGGUGAUGUCGAUAUAGGACUCGUUUUGCUGUGGAUCUAGAUACUUGUCUACCUGUUUCUUCCAGCAUCUUCACAAGGUCCUUUGCUGUUGUUCUGGGAUUGAUUUGCACUUUUUGCACCAAACUACAUACUAGGAGACCCAAUGCAUCUCCUUCCUGAGCGGUAUGAUGGCUGUGUGGACCCAUGGUGGUUAUACUUGCGUACUAUUGUAUGUACAGAUGAACGUGGCAACUUCAGGCAUUUGGAAAUUGCUCCCAAGGAUGAACCAGACUUGUAGAGGUCCACAAUUGUUUUUUUUCUGAGGUCUUUGAUAAUUUCUUUUGAUUUUCCCAUGAUGUCAAGCAAAGAGGCACUGAGUUUGAAGGUAGGCCUUAAAAUACAUCCACAGGGACACCUUCACUUUACUCCAAUUAGACUGCUAAUUGCCUAAAGGCUUUUCAUCAUUUUCUGGAAUUUUCCAAGCCGCUUAAAGGCACAGUUAACUUAGUAUAUGUAAACUUCUGACCUACUGGAAUUGUGAUAGUCAAUUAAAAGUGAAACAAUCUGUUUGUAAACAAUUUUUGGGAAAAAUUAUUAAUUCAAUUAUUUGACAAAACUAUAGUUUGCUAAUAUGGAGUUUGUGGAGUGUUUAAAAAAUGUGUUUAAAUGACUUCAACCUAAGCGUAUGUAAACUUCUGUCUUCAACUGUAUUGCGACUACACAAAUACACAAUAUUCUUUUAGAAGAAUAUUUCAGCUCUGCAGGUCCAUACAAUCGUUUUUUGUUUUUUUUCAACUCUCACUAGCCACUCUCCAGACAUGUAGUGCGGUUCUUAAUGACCAUUUUAUUGCUUCCUUGGUCCCCUCUACAUGCUGCUUUCAUUCCCUCUCUGCAAGAACACAUGAUAAUUUUGAUCAGAACAAAAAUCAACAGAAUAUUGGCAAUUGCACCAAAAUGCUCAAGAUGUGUUUUGAACCUCCUCCUACUUAUGCAUGUUUUUCCUCCCAAACGGUAUGGGAUGGAAUUAGUCUUAAAAUGAUUAACAAAUGUGUGCAUGCUUAACCAUCAAUUUGAUAAAUGUUGCAAAUGUAUCUUACAAUCCACAAACAAAUACCUUUCAACUUGUGCCUGUGAAAUUCAUAAUUAAAUCAGUGUGCAGUGAUGUGCACAAAUAGACAUAUUUGUGAACACUAAUAUUCCCUUGUGUAUGCAAACAAAGAGAGAUGUUCUAAAUCAAACAAAAUGGUCUUGUGAAGCAUUGAAUGUGCGUUUGUGUAUCAAGUUUUUAGGCUUUUUUCACAGUUGUUACCAUGGCAGACCAAUGCACAAACAACUACCGAUGAAUAUGUCCUAAAUGUAUAAAAAAAAUUAGUGCAUAUCUACCAUCAGUUUGAAAAACUUCACAAAUGUAUAUUACAACCCUUAAACAAAUGCAUUUCAACUUUUGACUGUGAAAUGUAUCAUUAAAUGAAUGUGCUGUGAUUUGUACAAAUAGAGAUGUACACUAUUUGCAGAUACAAAUGUUCUCUUUUUUACAAAUAUGUGACAAUUUGUGUCUGUACCCAAAGGGAGAUGUUUCAAAUCAAACACAAAAUGGUCUUGUGUAGCAUUGAAAAUGCAUUUGUGGAUUAAGUGAAAACAUUUUUGUAUCUAUUCUAUUUGAUUCAUUUGAAUUGAGACUUAAUUUCCAUUGGUUUUGCUUUGCAUGUUCCACACACCAAUUUCUAAGGCUCCACAUGUAACUGUGUAAGCAAAGCAGAUACCACUAGCAGUGUCAUUUCACAAAUAACCAUCAGGCAGGGUGUGGUUCACAAGGUCAGUAUGCAUGAGCUGUAUAAAUGCUCCACUUCAAAGAAACAAUGGCUAAAAAACAGCAGAACGAAUCAAAGGUUUGUCUCAAUUUCUCUUGUGUACAGUGCCUAUAAACAUAUUC